AAAAAUAUUACUUUUCACAAGAUGCAUUUGGCAGGGUGGAUCCUUGCGGUGGCACUAGUUUUUGGGACCUCAAAUCUCAAGAUCACAUCUGCGGGACCUCUCCAUGCACAAUGCAAAGUCGAAUGGUAUUUUGGGAUCCCCUGUAGACAGGUCUAUGAAGGUCUGGUCACUCAGAUCAAGCAGUGGAGGACCAUGUCCAGCUGUGUGAUGGGAGGACAGAGGUGCCUCUACAAGCUUCAGGCAGCCUCUAUCCACUUCAUAGCAGCCAAACACACCACACCAUUUAAGAAGACUGUCGAUGACCUGACGUUCCGUCUGGUCUCCUUUGAGUUCUUCACCCACUGUCACGUCUCGGCCAUGUCUGUCUCAGAGAGCUGGUAUGCCAUUAGAGAUCACGGCACAAACUACUGCAACCUCUAUAAUCUCAUGGAAGGAAGUGGCCUUACAGAUGCCCCUGGAUACAAAGAGAUAACGAGCGACUUCCUGUGUACCCAGCGGUCCUCUGCUGACUGCACUGUAUACUGA